AUGAAGUCAAAUCAAAACAUUAUUACGAGGAUUUUAUUAACAACGGAAUCUAAAAAAGAUGGACUUAUUUCAACAAUAAAAACACUUCCAACUAAUUUCCAAAUUAAUGGAAAAAUAAAGUCAGAUGGUAUUGGAAAAGGGUUUGCAUUAUGGUUAACAACAAAACCAAUUGUUUCAGGUAAUAAUUUUGGGGGUAAAUUUACUGAAUCAAGUGAAGGGAUUUAUGUAAAAGUACCAACAGAUUCAUCAAGGGGAACAACAACAAUCUACAAUACAGAAAAACAAUUAACUCAAUGCACUUUUCCUAAUUCUAUUCAUUUUGAAAGUAUUUCAUUUGAAUUAAAGUAUGAAGAGAAAACAAAUAAAUUGAUUAUUUCAAUAGGAAAAGACAAAGGAUGA